AUGUUGGUUCAAUCAAAAGUUGGUCCAAUGAUUGCUGGAAGUGGAGAUAUUAAGAAACUUUGCAAGAACGAAUUAUAUCCUAAAGAAGUAGUAUAUUCUACAAACGUCAAUAUUAGCACGGAGCUAGAAAAAUUUUGGAAAUUAGAGAUGAUUGGUAUCCAAGAAUCACCUCAAGAUGAUGAUGAUGAUCAAGCUUUAAAGCAUUUCAAACGGACCAUCAUCAAGCAGGGUGGAAGAUAUCAGGUUUGUUGGCCAUGGAAAGACUCCAAACAAAAAUUAAGCAAUAAUUAUGGAUUAUGUCUGGGACGAUUGAAGAAUUUGAUCAACCGCCUACAACAUAAUUCAAAUCUCCAUUCAUAUCAUCAAAUAUUUAUGGAUCAACUACACUCAGGUAUAAUUGAAGAAGUACCUCCAAAGGAUGAGGUAGGCGUUAUUCAUUACUUACCACAUCAUGAAGUAUUAACUCCCAGUAAAUCAACAACUAAAUUAAGAAUAGUAUAUGAUGCUUCAGCACAUCACAAAGGUUUUAAAAGUUUAAAUGAAGUACUAUAUCGAGGUCCAGUAAUGUUACCGGAUUUAGUUGGAGUAAUAUUACGUUUUCGGAUGAUGAAAAUAGUAAUAACCGCUGAUAUCGAAAAGGCAUUUUUACAACUAGAACUACAAAAUGAGGAAAGAAAUUGUACACGUUUUCUUUGGUUGGAUGAUAUUGAUAAAGAACUAACCAAUGAAAAUAUAAAAUGUUACCGAUUUAAGAGAGUUCCUUUUGGAAUAAUAUCCUCACCUUUCUUGUUAGCAGCAACAUUAAAUUACCACCUAGAAAAUCAUGGUAGUGAAUUGGCAUGGGAGAUAAGAAAGAACUUAUAUGUAGACAACGUUAUUAUAUCAGCAAAUGGAACAGAAGAGGCCUUAUAUAAAUAUGAAAGAACGAAAGAAAUUUUUGCUGAAGCAUCUAUGAACAUAAGAGAAUUUCUUUCAAAUGACGAAGAAUUUAAUGAAAGAAUAGCUGAAUGCGACCUAAGCCAAACAAAUCAGGAAAAUUUUCUUGGUCUUAAAUGGAACCAUGAACGAGAUAUUAUCCGUGUGACACUGAAACCAUGGAUAGGAAAAAGUUUAACAAAGAGGACUAUCCUACAAUUCAUAGCCUCUCAAUACGAUCCAUUGGGUCUUCUCGUUCCUAUAAUGAUCAAAUUUAAAUUAUUCAUACAACACUUAUGGAAAGAAAACAUUCCAUGGGAUCAAUCUUUAAACAAACAAGAUGAACAACAGUGGAUAAAUCUCAUCAAAGAAUGGCCAACAAAUAUAAUAGAGCUGCCAAGAUUUAUAACGGAAACUUCACAAUUAACAGAAUUCCAUAUAUUUAUUGACGCUUCGAAAAUUGCCUAUUCUGCAGCUAUUUAUGUUCUCAAUUAUGGAUAUCAAAACACAUAUUCGAAUUCAUUUUUGAUUUAUGCUAAAUCUCGAAUUGCUCCAAUUAAAGGUAUGUCAAUUCCUAGACUUGAAUUAUUAUCUGUACUAAUUGGAGUAAGAGCAGCUCAGUUCGUAUUGAAACAAUUAAAUCUUGAAAAUAAUCAAGUUACUUUGUGGACGGAUUCAAAAUGUGUUCUUUACUGGAUACAGAAUUAUACAAAGCUGCUUCCCAGAUUUAUACAAAAUCGUAUCGAAGAAAUAAGGAAAUCUAACUUCGAAUUAAAUUACAUACCAAGUGAUCAAAAUCCAGCAGAUAUAGCCACCAAAGGAGUAUCACCACUUAAACUCCAAAAUUGUAAACAAUGGUGGAAAGGACCUCGAUGGUUGGAACUCAAGAAAUCUGAAUGGCCAAAGUGCAAACUUCGUUAUUCAGGAAACGAUGAAUUUGCAGAAGCAAUUGCUUUGAAUUUAACAAAGAUGACUCAAACCUUUAAUAGGAAUAUAAUUGAAUUUAUUGACGUAUGUCGCUUCAGCAGUUGGACAAAACUAGUUCGAGUAACUGUUUGGACUUUUAGAUUUAUUAAACAAACCUGUAAAAAGAAAUUAGUGUGGCUAGAACCAUUAUCCGUAAAAAGAAAUAUAUGA